UCACGUCACUAGUUCGUAUGUAACCGCGCCUUGUUUGCGUGCUAAUUUUUCUAAAUAUUGAAAAAAUCUACUUUAAAAUAUAAUGAUUAUUCUAGCGUUAUAACAUUUUUGGGGAAUCCGGCUUAAUAUCCUACGAAAAUGGAUGAAAAAGAAGAGUUGCAUCUAACCUCUCAGGAGUUGCAAGUUUUGUCGGAACUUGACAGUCGGCAGUUUGGUUUUCUUAAGUUACGUGGCACUGAACAUGGCAGGACCCGAGCUCUUGUACUCAAGGCUGUCAAGUAUCUUGAAGGGAUGCUUGUACAAGUCAAGGAGGAAGAAAGAGCAUGUUCACCCGGAGCCAGAAGAGAUAUUUGUAUUGACCCGAAAACUUAUUGCAAACUUGGCCAUUUUCAUCUUCUGCUAGAGGACUAUGCUAAAGCAAUGUCAGCUUAUCAAAAGUUCUAUGCUCUGGAGCCUGACAACUGGAAGGACCCUCUGUUCCUGUACGGAUUGGGGCUAUGCUAUUACCACUACAAUGCCUUUGAGUGGGCUACAAAGGCGUUGCAAAUGGCACUGUACGUGUCGCCGGGGUUCACCCGCGCGGCGGACGCGCACCUGCGGCUGGCGCUGAUGUUCAAGGCGCGCCGUCACUGGACCAUCGCCGCCGUCCACUUCAGGCGCGCCCGCCUCGCACCACACCAAGACGCCACCUUCACCCGGCUCGAGCUCAGCUUCCACGCCGCGCACCUACUUGAAGCGAGAGGUCUGAGAAAAGCAGCUAGAGAUGCAUACGAAAGGCUACUAAAGGAACCUCAGUUGUCCUCCACCUUAAAAGCCGAUGUUUGCAGACAGCUGGGAUGGCUAUACCACCGCUGUGUGUCACUGGGUGAGCCGGCAGCUCGCGCGCGGGCUGCUAUCUGGUGCUUGCAGCGAGCUGUGGCGGCUGAGCCAGAGUCAGGGGCGGGACUCUAUCUACUCGGACGGUGCUUCGCAGCGCAAGGAAAAGUACAUGAUGCUUUCAUUGCAUACAGGAAUUCUGUGGAAAAGUCCGAAGGAAAUGCUGACACUUGGUGUUCCAUAGGCGUUUUGUAUCAGCAACAGAACCAGCCCAUGGACGCUUUACAGGCAUACAUCUGCGCGGUACAACUAGAUAAGGGUCACUCUGCGGCGUGGACUAAUUUGGGCAGUUUAUAUGAAAGCUGUCAAAUGCCCAGAGACGCGUUCGCGUGUUAUACAAACGGUGGUGCAGCUGCAACUGCAUCGCAUUCCGCUUUACGACAAAGGCUCGCUUUCCUGAGAGCACAUUUGGCUCAUGCUCCAAUGCCUUCUGUUACGGGAAAGCGACGCCAGCUGCCAUCAAUCGAGGAAGCUUGGAACCUGCCUAUAUCCGCGGAAAUGUCUUCUCGCGCGCCUAAGUCAGCACCCCCGCCAUACCCAGGGAAGAGACCCGAGGAGCCCCCGCCACUCACACAACACCAGUUGCAGACUCUACAGUACUUACAGAAGAACUCCAACAAUUUGUCACCUCAGCAACAAGCUUUGAUGCAGCAGUUACUGACGCAGUAUCGACAAGCGCAGGCGGCGCGAGCGCGUGCGGUGACGAAAAGCGAAGGUAGCGCCACCGGCGGCGACAACGCUGAGUCGCUCGCCGAAGAUCUGUUGAAGAGGUUCUCAGAUACUCAACCCGAAGUUAAGAAGGAGCCUAUCUGUGCAGAUAGCUCCAGUAAUGCAGGCAGUAGUGGUGAAACUAUGCUCGGUGGGCGACAGCCUGUCGUGAAACUGGAGCCCCUUAAGACGGAUCCACUGAAGCCGGUCUCCUUCCACAUCGGCAUGAGUUCGAAGCAGAUUUUAGAAUCUUGCAAGGAGAACGCUGGCCCUCCUACGGCGUGGUCAGUACUAGGCGACGGGUGCGGGCCGCCGGAGCCCCCUCCGGUACCACCACCGCGCCUGUCUCCUGAACAGUUGGCGCCACCGGCGCCUUUCGUUUACGUGGAGUCCAAGCGAGAUGCAUUCUCGCCACAACUGCAAGACUUCUGUCUAAAGCACCCUAUCGCUGUAGUGCGAGGUCUCACCGCGGCGCUAAAGCUUGACCUCGGGCUGUUCUCCACCAAGACUCUAGUGGAGGCGUGGCCCGACCAUGCCGUGGAAGUGCGCACGCAACUCAUGCAGUCGGCCGACGAGAACUGGGACCCCACCGGCCGCCGCCGCGUCUGGGCCUGCGCCUCGCACCGCUCGCACACCACCGUGCGCAAGUACGCGCAGUACCAGGCCGGCUCCUUCCAGGAGUCUCUGCGCGAGGAGCGCGAGCGAGGCGGCGCCAACACCGCGCCCGGCGGCGGCGCGCUGUCCGACUCCGACGGCCGCGAGUCCGGCUCGGGGCCGGUCAAACGUCGCCGAGCUGCACGAAUGCUGCGCUUUGGGACCAACGUAGAUCUUUCAGACGAGCGAAAGUGGCGUCCUCAACUCACCGAGCUACAGAAGUUACCAGCGUUCGCACGUGUCGCGUCAGCUGCCAAUAUGCUAUCACACGUAGGGCACGUUAUUUUGGGCAUGAAUACGGUCCAGUUGUACAUGAAAGUACCGGGCAGUCGCACGCCCGGUCAUCAAGAGAAUAACAACUUCUGUUCGAUCAACAUUAACAUCGGACCCGGCGAUUGCGAAUGGUUCGGUGUGCCCGACGCGUAUUGGGGUGGAGUGCGCGACUUGUGCGAGAGGCAUGGCUUGUCGUACUUACACGGGUCAUGGUGGCCCGACCCCGAGGAGCUACGUGCGCACGGAGUGCCCGUGUAUCGCUUCACGCAGCGACCGGGAGACUUGGUGUGGGUCAACGCGGGCUGCGUGCACUGGGUGCAGGCCACCGGCUGGUGCAACAACAUCGCGUGGAACGUCGGCCCGCUCACUGCGCGCCAGUACUCACUGGCGCUGGAGCGGUACGAGUGGAACAAGGUGCAGAACUUCAAGUCCAUCGUGCCCAUGGUGCACCUGACAUGGAACCUGGCGCGCAACAUCCGCGUGUCGGAUCCGCGCCUGCACCGCGCCAUGCGGACGUGUCUGCUGCAGACACUGCGCGCCGCGGCCGGCACGCUGGCGGCCGUGCGCGCGCGCAACGUGCCGGUGCGGUUCCACGGGCGCGCGCGCGGCGAGGCCAGCCACUACUGCGGCGCGUGCGAGCGCGAGGUGUGGCACGCGCUGCUGGUGCGCGAGCACGAGCGGCGCCACGUGGUGCACUGCCUGGCGUGCGCGCGCCGCGCCGCGCCCAGCCUGGCCGGCUUCCUGUGUCUGGAGGAGCACCACAUGGACGAGCUGGCGCAGGUGUACGACGCGUUCACGCUGCACCGGCCGGCGCCGGCGGCGGCGCACGCGGCGGCGGGCGUGCCGGUGGCGGUGCCGGACUGAGCGCGCCGGGCCCCGCGCGGUCAAUGCUCGGGACUGCAGGCGGCGCGCCCCGCGUGGCGGCCGAGCCGGGUGACGACGGCGUACCUGUAUUUAUUUCGUGUGCGAGUGUAUGAUAGUUUCGGUUUAUGACCAGGUAUUUUUAUACGACGUUUAGUUUCUGUGCGUCCGGAGGUCGAUGUAAACGAAGAUUAUCUCGAGCCACACUUGUACUCGAUCGGCACUUCACAUUUUAGACAGUAUUAGAAGCUAGCUAAUUCCGACGAUUAUAUAGGUAAUUUUUGACGACGCACGAAGGUGUCAUUGUUGACCAAGUUAUAAUAAAUUGUAACAGAUGCACGUGAUCUAUUUUUACUACGAUGCGCCUGAAUCUAAAAUUGUUGUAUGAUGAUGACUUGAUGAAAUAUUUUUGGUGAUAAAUGUAAUUUUGUAAUACGGAAUCUUAUACAGUUUACACGCUCCUCGAUCACUUUUGUAAUUGUGCGAGAUAUUUGAUAUAUGAAGUCAAUUGUAUCGGCGACGACUAGCCGGUGUAGUAGAACGUACGUAUAAUGUUAUCGGCGGCUGGGGCGGCCUCGACUCGUACCAUGAUAACGUAGAGUAGCGACUAGAGUGCUAGCUAGGAAUGCAAUGUGCGCAGGAACAGAAGGUCGCCCGCGAAGGUGUCAAGUGCUCACGUGUUCACCAUCGUAUAUAAAUGUCUUAUUUUUGUAUAGAAGCGUAUUUAUUUAUUUUUAUCGUACAGUGACCUUAGUUUGAUUUUUUAGACAGUCUUAGCAAAUAGUAGUAUUAAGUAUAACUGCACGUAAGGAGAGCCUACGUUUUAGUAGGGUCUGGAGAAUAGUGCUGCGAUGUCCCAAAGAAUGUUAUAAUGUACUUGAGUAGGCAAAUGGAAAUUGUAUGAUCAAUUUAUUGAUAUUAUUGUCGACAUUUCUUGAAUAUAUCUGACAUAUUUGGGAUCUGACAUUAAAACAAAUAUUUUAUUUUAGCAAGUUGACUUUAUUAUUUGAUGAAAUUGGACUGUAUUAAAGUAAGCAUAAUUAAAAUGUUGUUUCUUGGAUUGAUGUAAAGUAGGAUGGAUUAGGCAUGUAAGCUCGGGUUGGCAGUAAAGUAGGACAACUCGCGUCUGACACUUGCUUGUUUGUUGUUUAUCUUGAAGGUUUAUUGAUGUUUUUGUGGCGUUUCAUGUUGAUGAUUAAUUUUUAAGUGUCAGAAGCGAGUAUGGUGUAGAGAAUAUGGAAGUGUUGGUCGGAUUAUGUAUAGCGAUGCCGAAAUAUUUAUAAGUAAUAAUAAUAACAUCACUGCCAUGUAUGACCUUACUGUUUAUACUGUAAAUUACAUUUUUAAUAAAGAAGUUUAAGUAAGA